GUAAGUGCAAACCCUCCAGCUCUGUUGUGUUCUUUGUUGCAGUCCAUUGUGGCGUACUACAAUAAGCAUGCGGGCAAAACAAGAGAAGAAGCCAAGCUUGCCUUCCUAAAGAUUAUCUUCAAGUGGCCUACAUUUGGAUCAGCAUUCUUUGAAGUGAAGCAAACUACAGAGCCAAAUUAUCCAGAAAUCCUUCUCAUUGCCAUCAAUAAACAUGGAGUCAGCCUCAUUGAUCCCAAAACCAAGGAUAUUCUCAUCACUCACCCCUUCACCAAGAUCUCCAACUGGAGCAGCGGCAACACGUACUUCCAUAUUACCAUUGGCAACCUGGUGAGAGGAAGCAAGUUGCUCUGUGAGACCUCCCUGGGAUACAAGAUGGAUGAUCUUUUGACCUCAUACAUCAGCCAGAUGCUUACAGCCAUGAGCAAACAGAGGAGUGCAAAGGGUAGCAAGUGAACUGCAAGAAGCCACUGGCAGGUGGCCAUGGGGCUAAUUCACCAGCUGAAGCCUGUGGGAUACCCGUGCAGCUGGGGGAGCACCUUUGCCUCCCAGAUGUGGAAGAUGAGCCGAACACCAUCAGGGAGUUCGCUGGACUCUGACCUUGAGGGCUCAAAUCCCACCUCCCCCUCCAGCGAAGACGACUAUCUCUGACCUCCCGUUCUCCUUCCCCACCCUGCACCCCAACUCUGACUUACACCUCAAAGAUUUCCAGGGGACACCACCGCUCUCAGAGAGUGACUGAGCAAAGACACUUCGGCAGGAGGUUUGCCUGAACCCAAUGGUUGGCAUCGCAAAGGCUCUUGGAAGAGGAUUUGUGUGUGUGUGUGUGUGUG